GCGCGGGCCGAGGGGGGAGGAGAGCGAGUGUGCGCUAGGCUGGAGCGCGGGGCUCCAGAGCCCAGAGCCGCUCGGCGACUGAGGCUGAGGGGAGGGGCUGAAGGCGGUGGCCAAGGCUCCAGCCCGCCCUGAGAGCUCGUCCUGAGAAGCCCCCUCCCACUGCCACUGCCGGGCGGGCGGCGGCGGGAGGAGGAGUAGGAGGAGGGAGCGUCUCUGCCGCCGCCUCCUGGUCCCCAGUGCUGAUCUGCCGCCGCCACCUCCCUCCGCGGCGAUCCUCCCUUCCAUGGUCCUGCCGCGGCCCCCCCUGUAGCCUGAGCUGCCCCGAGCCGCGCCGGAGCCGGCCUCGGGCAGAGGGAGCGGUCGCGGCCUCGCGGCCCGCUUGGGCUGACGAGCUGAGAGCGCGGCACCUCGCGGUCCCAAAGGGUCCGCACGCCCAGCAGCGCGGCCCGACCAGCGCGAGGAGCAGCGGGCGGGCGGGCGGCGCCGGGGCCGGGCCGCCCUCGCUCCCACGCCCCGGUCCCGCCGCCCGCGCCGGGGUGGUCGCCUGCAGAGGAAGGCGCCGCAGUCUCCGGGCCUCGCCGCCCCACUCGAGCGCCCUCAGCACCGAGGACUCGCGGGUCCUGAGGGGAGGAGGCGAACCCCGGGCCAGGCUCUGAGCUCUUGGGCGCCCCCACCCUCGUUUUCGGAGCCCUCCACGCUGCUGCCGCUGUCCCCUCCGGACCAUGGCCGACGACGACGUGCUGUUCGAGGAUGUGUACGAGCUGUGCGAGGUGAUCGGCAAGGGUCCCUUCAGUGUUGUACGACGAUGUAUCAACAGAGAAACUGGGCAACAAUUUGCUGUAAAAAUUGUUGAUGUAGCCAAGUUCACAUCAAGUCCAGGGUUAAGUACAGAAGGUAAGAGAUGGAUUUCAAAUCUAAAGCGGGAAGCCAGUAUCUGUCAUAUGCUGAAACAUCCACACAUUGUAGAGUUAUUGGAGACAUAUAGCUCAGAUGGAAUGCUUUACAUGGUUUUUGAAUUUAUGGAUGGAGCAGAUCUGUGUUUUGAAAUUGUAAAGCGAGCAGAUGCUGGUUUUGUCUACAGUGAAGCAGUAGCCAGCCAUUACAUGAGACAGAUACUGGAAGCUCUGCGCUACUGUCAUGACAAUAACAUCAUUCAUAGAGAUGUGAAGCCCCACUGUGUUCUUCUUGCCUCAAAAGAAAACUCAGCACCUGUUAAACUUGGGGGCUUUGGGGUAGCUAUUCAAUUAGGAGAAUCUGGACUUGUAGCUGGAGGGCGUGUUGGAACACCUCACUUUAUGGCCCCAGAAGUGGUCAAAAGAGAGCCUUAUGGAAAGCCUGUGGACGUCUGGGGUUGCGGCGUGAUCCUUUUCAUCCUGCUCAGUGGUUGUUUGCCUUUUUACGGAACCAAGGAAAGAUUGUUUGAAGGCAUCAUUAAAGGAAAAUAUAAGAUGAAUCCAAGGCAGUGGAGCCAUAUCUCUGAAAGUGCCAAAGACCUAGUACGUCGCAUGCUGAUGCUGGAUCCAGCAGAGAGGAUCACUGUGUAUGAAGCACUCAAUCACCCAUGGCUUAAGGAGCGGGAUCGUUAUGCCUACAAAAUUCAUCUUCCAGAAACAGUAGAACAACUGAGGAAAUUCAAUGCAAGGAGGAAACUAAAGGGUGCAGUACUAGCUGCUGUGUCAAGUCACAAAUUCAACUCGUUCUAUGGGGACCCCCCUGAAGAGUUGCCAGAUUUCUCUGAAGACCCUACCUCCUCAGGACUUCUAGCAGCAGAAAGAGCAGUCUCACAGGUGCUGGACAGCCUGGAAGAGAUUCACGCACUUACAGACUGUAGUGAAAAGGACCUAGAUUUUCUACACAGUGUUUUCCAGGAUCAGCAUCUCCACACACUGCUAGAUCUGUAUGACAAAAUUAACACAAAGUCUUCACCACAAAUCAGGAAUCCUCCAAGUGAUGCAGUUCAGAGAGCCAAAGAGGUAUUGGAAGAAAUUUCUUGUUACCCUGAUAAUAAUGAUGCAAAGGAACUAAAACGUAUUUUAACACAACCUCAUUUCAUGGCCUUACUUCAGACUCACGACGUAGUGGCACAUGAAGUUUACAGUGAUGAAGCAUUGAGGGUCACUCCUCCUCCCACCUCUCCCUACUUAAAUGGUGAUUCUCCAGAAAGUGCUAACGGAGACAUGGAUAUGGAAAACGUGACCAGAGUUCGGCUGGUACAGUUCCAAAAGAACACAGAUGAACCAAUGGGAAUCACAUUAAAAAUGAAUGAGCUAAAUCAUUGUAUUGUCGCAAGAAUUAUGCAUGGAGGCAUGAUUCACAGGCAAGGCACACUUCAUGUUGGUGAUGAAAUUCGAGAAAUCAAUGGCAUCAGUGUGGCUAACCAGACAGUGGAACAACUGCAAAAAAUGCUUAGGGAAAUGCGCGGAAGUAUUACCUUCAAGAUCGUGCCAAGCUACCGCACUCAGUCUUCAUCCUGUGAGAGAGAUUCCCCCUCCACUUCCAGACAGUCCCCUGCUAAUGGUCAUAGCAGCACUAACAAUUCUGUUUCGGACUUGCCAUCAACUACCCAACCAAAAGGACGACAGAUCUAUGUAAGAGCACAAUUUGAAUAUGAUCCAGCCAAGGAUGACCUCAUCCCCUGCAAAGAAGCUGGCAUUCGAUUCAGAGUUGGUGACAUUAUUCAGAUUAUUAGUAAGGAUGAUCACAAUUGGUGGCAGGGUAAACUGGAAAACUCCAAAAACGGAACUGCAGGUCUCAUUCCUUCUCCUGAGCUUCAGGAAUGGCGAGUAGCUUGCAUUGCCAUGGAGAAGACCAAACAAGAGCAGCAGGCCAGCUGUACUUGGUUUGGCAAGAAAAAGAAGCAGUACAAAGAUAAAUACUUGGCAAAGCACAAUGCAGUGUUUGAUCAAUUAGAUCUUGUCACAUAUGAAGAAGUAGUAAAACUUCCAGCAUUCAAAAGGAAAACACUAGUCUUAUUAGGUGCACAUGGUGUUGGGAGAAGACACAUAAAAAACACCCUCAUCACAAAGCACCCGGAUCGGUUUGCGUACCCUAUUCCACAUACAACAAGACCUCCAAAGAAAGAUGAAGAAAAUGGAAAAAAUUAUUACUUUGUAUCUCAUGACCAAAUGAUGCAAGACAUCUCAAAUAAUGAGUACUUGGAGUACGGCAGCCAUGAGGACGCAAUGUAUGGGACAAAACUGGAGACCAUUCGGAAGAUCCACGAGCAGGGGCUGAUUGCAAUCCUGGAUGUGGAGCCUCAGGCACUGAAGGUCCUGAGAACUGCAGAGUUUGCGCCUUUUGUUGUUUUUAUUGCUGCACCAACCAUCACUCCAGGUUUAAAUGAGGACGAAUCUCUCCAGCGCCUGCAGAAGGAGUCUGAUAUCUUACAGAGAACAUAUGCACACUACUUCGAUCUCACAAUUAUCAACAAUGAAAUCGACGAGACAAUCAGACAUCUGGAGGAAGCCGUGGAGCUUGUGUGCACAGCCCCGCAGUGGGUCCCGGUUUCCUGGGUCUAUUAAGCGUCUCCCCAGAUCCCUGAGCAGAACUGGGAGCCACCUCAUCCAUGGAAACGCCUCUUUGUUACCGGCCUUGUGUCAGCAGGUCAUGGUCCCUAGAGACUACCUAGUUGUAGUGUGACCUACAUUUAUAAUUAUUGUCAUGUCCGAAUAGAUAGGAGGAGAAAAACAAUUACACACUAAUUUAAAGAGACAGUAUCUUUUUUAAUCAGUUCUCCUAAACUUUAAUAAAAUGUAUCUUUAAAUGUAUGUAUUAUUCAAUCCUUUGGAAUGUUAUAUUUUUGGAAAUCAUAGCUUUUUAUUUCCAAGGCCCCUAAAAACUGCACAAAAUAGAUGCUGCUUUCUAUAAUCUAUUUUAAUAAUAAUAAACAAUGAUUAUGUUACCUUGACUGGGGGUGGAACACUACAUUCUUUUUAGAGUCUGAUUUUAUGGAUUGGAAUAUCUUUCUUUCCUCUAUUUAUUUGAAAUAAUUAGUGAUAACUAGUGAUUACAAAACAGUCAUAAAUUUUUAAAGGCCUUUUUUCUCUCUCUUUUUUUUAGAAUAGCAUUUUUUUAAGUCCUUUAUGUAACAUCCAGAUAAUGUGAUACUGUCUCUUUGAAGCACCCUGUAAACCUUUUAGACAUUUGAAGUUGGGUCUUGACUCUUAAUGCAUGUGGACAGUCGCGAGCGUUUAUGCUGUCGGUGUGUCUGUGUUGGACAAAACAAUCUGUAAUCUACAGCAAAGUACAUUCCGUUCACGGGGCACACCAGGGGAAUAAGAAUAAAAUGCUAUUAUGACUAAGUUGUAAACCUAUGCACAUCCCUUGCAUUUCGGGCAACUUUAUAAAAAAAAAGAAAAAGAAACUGAUUUUUAUUAAUAAUAAUCAUGUAGUGAAAUGUGUUUGUAAUUUUGUCUCAAUUUAAUUUGUUGUAAGGUGGGAGGGGGAAUUGCUGGUUUCACCAUUUCAGAUCUGUGUUGUCUAAGAGUAUUAAUGUUUUAAUUAAGCAAAGAAAUGAGGAUUUUUAAUCUGUAUGUAAUUGUUUUAAAGCACCCAUUUUAAGAGAAAAUACUGUGCAAUGAAGAAAACCAGUUUAGGCAUUUGCUUUAAACUGAAUUAUUCCAAAAGAAUAAUCUAUAACAGCCCUGUAAAUUCCUUUAAAAUGAUGAACUAACAGGACAGUCUGACCAAUUUUUUUAAAUAUACUUCCUUUUAUGUGCUCAAUAAUCAAAUGCCUUUGGGUCCUUCAUUUCAUUAUAGAUUUGUUCAGGUUUCUAAGCCACUAAUCUUUUGGAUUUUAUAAUUUGUUAGAUGCUCAUUGACCCUUCAAAGGCCUAGGAAUGAGCGUCAGCAGGCAGGAUGACAAAGUAGCCUGUCUGGGCACAGCUGUGACCAUGCUGACUCGCAGGGUCACCUGUGGUCUCUCCUUCCUCUUGCUGUAGCCAUUGGCACAGGGGAUCAUCUGUCUUUAUUGCUUAAGAGACAUUCACCAUCUCAUCACCCUGCCAUGAGGUCCCAUUCUUCCAGUGCAGGAGAGUCGGGCUGGGGGUCCCCAGCCUCUUUGCCAAGAGGUCAGUAGAAUGUUUUUUCUUGACAUGUGAGGGUGCAAAGUGCUGCCAGUAACCUGCGAUCCUUGAAACACACCAUUGUUUUUGCUUCUUGUAGGUUAGAGGCCUCUGUCACUUUGUGCCUUGGCAGGAUGCACAGGGUACGUUUGGAGCUAACAGCUCCUCUUAAGGGACCAAGCAGAGAAGGCAAUUUUAUAUACUCCUCUGACACUGUCAACACCUUAGCCCUGAUGUGCCACAACUAAAUAUUGCCGAUGUUUUAUUUUCUGAUAUCGUUCCUGUCAGUGGCAGUCUUCAGUUUACUGACGAGACGGUGAGUGAGCUAUUUGUGUUCAGCCCCACAGUAGGGUAACCAAGCACACCAGAGGCAAGCCUAGCUGUGGCCUCACCCUCGAUGGAGAAACAUGUUCAAAGAGUUGUUUAGGGCUGUGUCAGGACUGACUUCAACCUAACUGAUACCAAGGCCAGCCAGUCCUUCCUGCAGCGGUACUGACCACAAUCCUGGCUCUUCUCACUGUCACAGCGCCCACACUACCUCUUUUCCAGUGAAGCACAAAAAAGAACACAACUGACAUGCGGGAAGCAGAGACGCCCUCCCUAUGUCAGAAACCCUCACACCCCCACUUGCUUUCUGUAGACUCAAAGAAGCACACAGGCAGGACUUGUUCUUGCCAGUGUGUGAAUGACAAAAUUCCUGCACCUAGAACACAGUGACUUCUCAAACAGGUCACCUGUUCUAACCCACUAAUAUACAUCCUUCUAAAGCAGUGUCUCUGUGACCCAGCAGAGAAUACUUGCAGAUCUGAAUUCAGAGUAAUUUCAGUGCAUUGCUGCUGUAUUACAAUUGUCCACUAAGCAAUCAGAGAAAAUUACUAAAAGCUUCUUUGCUGCCUCCAUUCCAUCAGCAGAAACAUUUUUUUCUUUUUAAAGACCAGAGCAAAUGAUUAGACUACUAAAUCUUAUCAGUGGUCAAUUGAAGCACUUCCCAAAAUUAUAUUCUGAAGGUGAUUUCACCCUCAGCCCACUCCCUACAGCAGGACAAGGUAUAUUUUGAUGUGUUGAGUUCGUUGAAAAGAUGAAAUGUCCUGAUUUUCUAAUCAUAAGACAGUAAUUACUUUGCACAGGUAGCAUAUUUAACACUGAAAAGGAAAAUCUCACUCAUUUUAAUUCAUCUAGAAAUUUCCCAUUGUCAAGAUAACAUUGUAGCUUUUUUAGAUGCAAUUAAAUGUAUCUCCUGUAAGGUGAGAUGGUUUAAAUAUCUACUCAAAGAGGAAAAGAAAUGGUUGACCUGCUUCUUGCUAUUUGCAUUUAGCAGCCAUCCUCCUGGCGCAUCCUAUUGGUGGCAGAAUAGCUAAAGAUGUGCAGAGUUCCUCAUCGCAUGGAGAAAUGUAGUAAGUGUCCCUGUCCCAGUGUCCAUUUCCUGCUGCCAGAGCCUGGCCAAUUAGGCCAAGCCUUCCUUUGAAGCUACUGUUAUCUUUGCAAGCCUUUAAUCUCUGUGACCCUUUGUUUUUAAAUUGCUUAUAGUUAUGUCUUUUUUAAGGCUUUGAGUUCAUUCCUUACAAAAGUUUAGUCAAUCAAGCCAUCCUUCAGGAAAAUGGACAAAGGAGAGACCCAAAGUGCAAACUGCCCCUGAAAGACAAAGCAGGCGGAAGCACAUUUCAGAUCAGUUUCUUAACUUGAGGCAAAGUUAAGCUUUGCUUGCCACUAAAGCUACCAAGAGAAUGGAUGGAUUAGUAAACUUUUAAUAAAAAUGUCUCUUUGGAAAAAGGAGAAAGUGCAUAGCACUCAGCAUUACAAAAACAAGCCCCUUACAACCCUCAUCUCUAUCAUCAAACUGGUGUGUAUUUUGUGUUUCUCACUUUUUCGGAACUGAGCACAGCCUCCUCGGGCCAUCCUCCUUACAAGGGCUUACAAUCCUGAGGCUCCCUGUGGCUGCCAGAGGAGAGAGGCCCCUGAGCGCAUCCCUCUUGUUCUGCGCUUCUAAUUCUUCUCUUAGAGAUCUUGCUUCUUCUCCCUGCGGCUUAAGGAAGGGCUACACGCUGUGAUCUCCACACAUUUCAUUUGAUACAGCUUUCUCUUUCCUGACCCUUUGGAAGACAAGGUUUCCUCUGUUCAGUAUCUCCAGUUGCAGGACCAGACUGAGGCUUAUUACAUGACUGGCUGUGCCCCAGCACUCACGUCCAUUCCCCUAAACCCGGAGAUACAAGUCUCAGACGGCCCAGCCUAGGGAGUGAACUUUAGCCUAGCUGUCCCAUCCAACCGGGAAGCAAGGAAAGGCAAGAAGAAUCUGUUUCCUACUAUUUUCCCAUCUGAUCUUUUCCCUGGCGCCCUUGGCUGCAAUAGGUGGGCACACAGGGACCCCAGAAAUAGCAGUGGGAAGAGGGCACGAUCAUCUUUUAAGCAGGCACUCCCCAGUCUUACUUAGCUCUUCCUGGGGAGAGAAAGUGCUGUGUUUCCACCACCUCUCACCUGAUCCUCCAUCAACUCCCCUGAACCUGUGCAAAUGGACUGAGCAACAGAAAACGGAAAGAGCAGUUUGCAACCGCACAGGAGUCCCGGUUUCUGGCCCCAAGCACGACUCCAUCGCUACGUAUGUACGGAAACUUGGAACUUGGUUACCACUUAGUUCCAUUCUCCCUGGAACGUGACCAUGGGGACAAGCCAAUGUUCUUACUGAUGGAGGCCUGGGGUGACUCUCCCUGGGCCCAGGGGAAGUAUGAUCUAUCAAAGAAGUUGUGCUUGGGAGUAGAAACAGGUGUUCCUCCACCACAAGCAGCCCCACCUAUUUUUUUUUCAUUUGGAAGAGACCAAGGACUGGGGGCAUUGAUUGCCAGUCUUAGCUGUCCCCGGAAUGUCCACCAUGCAGAGGGGGGCAGCUCCUGGGUGCAAAGGCUUCACAGCCUUCACGUGCUGAGACCAGAACACCGUGUUUCAUUGCAAUGUGGGCACGUUGCCAUUCAAACUCAGUUCUGGGGUGGUUCUGCAUAAAGUUUUGCCAACGUGUUCUUUUCUCUGUAUGUAUUAUUGCCUUUUUAUAAAAGGUUUUGAAGUAUUGUCUCAGUGAUAAAAAGAGAGAGAUGUUAAUGGUUGUUGUAUAUUUCAUCAUAUCCAAUUGUAAGUAUUUGCAGGGUACAGCAAAGCCUUAGCUUGCAAGAAGAGCUGAAGGGAUUUGAAAGGUUUGGAUUCUUUGUAAAUGUCCUGCUUUUCUUUCUCUCUGUGUGUAUCUAUUUACAUGCCUUAGCACACGCCCUCCUGUCCUGUCCCUCAACCACAGCGCUGGUGUGCUACCAGCACAGUGCAAGUGGAAACCCUAAUCAGUUAUCUCGUGUGACAGGGAAGAAGAGAAACUCCAUAGUAUUCUUUGUAGAAUAUACAUACCUAUAGGAUGCUGUGUAAUGGGGAACCAUAGAAUUUGGGCUCUUGUCAUUUCAAAGUUGGAGAAAUGUAUGAAUAAAAUGUAUAAAACAUGAAAA